AUUUCAUAUGCAGUACAAUUAGGUUCAAUUAAAUACAUAAGCAUUGUCUUUUUAGCUCAGAAUUAUUUAAUCUUAGAAGCAGUCAUAACAGAUAUAAACAGCUUUUUAAAUCUUGUUUGAAAAAGUCCUUUUAUUUUUGUGUGUUGUUCAGUAAAAAUGGCAGCCCAACAACAGCAAGCUGCUCCUUCUCCGUUGCAUGUUGAUGCAAUGUCAUCAGGUUCUCAGUUCAGAGAGUUUUUAAGUCAGUACAAUAAAAUUACAGAACAGUGUUUCAUGGCAUGCAUUCAUGAUUUUACAUCUAGGAGAAUAAUCAGUGCUGAGAACUCAUGUGCACUCAACUGUUUAGAGAAAUACAUGAAGAUGACUAACAGAAUCUCACUAAGGUUUCAGGAGCACCAGCUGAUUGCUAAUGAUGCACUGGCUGCGGCACACAAGUCUAGCUAACAUGAAAUGUGCUGAAUAGUUUGUUUGGUGUUUUUUUAUUUGCCAGUUGGUUGAGAGAUGAAUGUUUUGCAUUAAGUAAUGUGUGUACUGUUAGUUGAUUUUGUAAUUGGUUCACAGUGGUCAUGCUUUUGUCUAAACUUAAAGGGUAUCAGCCAAAGCAGCCAGUCAGAACUGGAAACAAGGGUGUGAGGUAGAUAUAAAUGUUAAUAUAUCAUUUAUUUAUAUCAGUAUUUUGUAUUGAAGGAGUGAGUGAAGACAUUAAACCAAUAGCACCUUGUAUCCAAUAAAUUGGAAUGUACAGGCUGGCAACUUAUGAUGAUCUACUACUGGGGCUAUCUGAUCUACUAGAACCUCUUCUUAUUUUAGCUAGAUCAGAUGAGAUGCACAAAGCUCUUUUAUUCAUAUAUAGAAGGAAAAAAGCUUCUAUUAAAAAUGAUAGCUUGUAAGAAUGUUUAGUAAAAUAAGACUUAUGCAUAUAUAUUAUUUAUUUAGUAAUACCUUCUUUUGUAGCUAUAAAUACAGCAAAUAAACUGUAAAAACAUUCCCUUUGAGUGUUCACCAUCAAACUUGUUGUGUUGAUUGAGGACACAUCUCAUCAAUGUUUUUGUAUUUGAAGCUAGAACACUGCCAGUCACUUCUAAAACACUUGAGCUGUUUUGAAAUUGUAUGUUAAGUUAAUAUGAACCUACAGUACUUGAGAGAAAUGAAUCUGAUGGAUGUGUUUUCUAUGACUGUGAAAGAAUGAGGGAAUUGUCAUAGUGAAUCAUUUCAAUGUUAUGACAUGCUGUUGUCUUCUGCAUUUUUUGUUAUUUGGUGACUAAAAACAAAAUAAAAAUGUAAUUUUA